AUGCCACGCUCCGGACGUCCUCGAAAGCUCGACGAUGACGAUAAAGCGAAGCCUUUAAACGCAAUUGAUAAAAACCCGCGCGCUUCCUAUGAGGAUCUCCUUUCUACUAUUGAUUAUAAGGUCAAAAGAGCAUCAAUUGAGCGUCUUCUCGCUAAAGAGGGUCGACUAAAAUGGCUUGUACUUGAUCGGCCUGAUUUAACACCUUUCACGCGCAAAAACGACUCGAAUGGGCUCAAAAGUACGCAGGCUUUACUUCUCGUGCUUUUGACCGUGUAUUUUAGUAUACCGAGUGUAGAGUUAACCGAAACUUUUAAUCGCCCAAAAUACCAACUUCCGCAACUCGAUAUCCGUGGACUACCGACAAAAGGAAAGCAAAUUAACCAGAUGUUUUGGACUACAUUCUCUAGCUCUACACGACGUACUGGCCUAAUCACUUUAUUCGGAAAUCCAGAUUCUGCCUACUUUACUUCAAAUCAAGACGGCAUUUUUCAACAUGACAACGCGUUAACACAUACUGCAUACGUCGUGCGCGAGGCUCUUAGUGAACCAGGCCUCAAGAUUAUGGAUUGGCUAGCUAGAUCCCUAGAUCAUAGUCCAUUUAAGAAUAUUUGGGCGCUCUUAAAAGACAAGCUCUAUAAGCAGCAUCCGGAGCUAAAGAGUAUGCGCAAUAAUAACGAGACACACGAGCUUUUGAUCGAGUGGGUGCAGGAAGCAUAG